CGCAGGGUUAGAAGGCAGUGUUUCCGGAAGCGGAAGCGGAACCUAGGAGGCGGUUCAAUUCCUAUUGCCAAUUCAAUUGCCGUAGCCGACAAGAUGCAGAGAGAAGAGAAGCAGCUGGAGGCCUCGGUGGACGCGCUGCUGAACCAAGUGGCGGAUCUGAAAAGCUCCUUGGGAAGCUUUAUUUGCAAGCUGGAGAACGAGUAUGACCGGCUUACCUGGCCCUCCGUUCUGGACAGCUUUGCUUUACUCUCGGGGCAGCUGAAUACCCUCAACAAGGUCCUCAAGCACGAGAAGACCCCAUUGCUCCGGAACCAGGUUAUCAUUCCUCUGGUGCUGUCCCCAGACCGCGAUGAGGAGCUCACGAGGCAGACGGAAGGACGGGUUCCUGUCUUCAGUCACGAGGUGGUCCCUGACCACCUGAGAACCAAACCAGACCCAGAGGUGGAGGAGCAGGAGAAGCAGCUGACCACAGAUGCAGCGCGCAUUGGCACCGAUGCUGCCCAGAAGCAAAUUCAGACUUUGAAUAAAAUGUGCUCAAACCUCCUGGAAAUCAGCAAAGAAGAGCGGGAAUCAGAAAGUGGAGGUCUCCGUCAGAAUAAGCAGACCUUCAACCCCACAGACACCAAUGCUCUGGUGGCUGCAGUUGCCUUUGGGAAGGGUCUGUCCAACUGGAGACCUCCUGGCAGCAGUGGCUCUGGUCAGCCAGGCCAGCCCGGGGCAGGGGCCCUCCUGGCCGGAGCGUCGGGCAUGCAGCAAGUUCAGAUGACGGGCGCACCCAGUCAGCAGCAGAGCCCCCUGCUCAGCGGAGUACAGAUGGCACAAACUGGCCAGCCAGGUAAGAUGCCAAGUGGUAUCAAAACAAACAUCAAGUCGGCUUCGAUGCACCCCUACCAGCGGUGAGCUGCCUGCUGGCCACAGACACUGCCCCUGCCUCUCCUGAAUGCUUGAGCCUGCUUCUGAGGUGACAGCCCCUCACCAGCCAGAGCCCUUCACCAGCCGGAGCCUUCACCAGCGGGAGCCCCUCGCCAGCCAGAGCCCUUCACCAGCCGGAGCCCCUCGCCAGCCAGACCUUGUUCCAGGCCUUCUCUCUUAGGUCACUUGACUGCUUGGGCCACACUCUGGCUCUGGGGAACAGCUGUGUCCAGCCUGGAAGGUAGCCUUGGCCCCACAAAUUGGACUUGGGGGCCCUCGAGAUCUGUUCAGUUCUGGCCUUUGGGUCCCUUUCCCUUCAGGCCCUGGGGCUCUGAAGGCUUCCUUGGACAGAGGCAGCGGUUGCAUCAGCUAAGGAAAGGGGUAGUCAGGGAGCUGAUGAAACAGGCCAGUGUGCGGAAUAGCGCUGUCCCAUCCUGGCAGAGAGAAAAGCUCCCUUUUCUGCUUGCUGGUGUGGGAUCUGGGCCUGGGGAGGGAGAGGGCUGAGGGAUCUUCCCCCACCUCUCCCUACCUGCUCUUGGGCAAAGACAGUGCUGGGUCUGCUCCAUGGGGAGGCCCCAGGUCCAGCUGCCAACUCUUCAUCUCCUCCCUUCACCUUCUCCAAAGCCCUCCUUGCUUGCAGCUGAUACCGCGGGAAUCCCUUACGGAUCCCUCAUGGAUCCUCAGAAUAAAAAAGGCUUUAAAGUGA